AUGAAAAAGGGCAAAAACGAAAUUGAAGUAAGGAAGAAGCCAAUGAGGAGCACAUUAGGAGAAAAGAAGACUGAAUCUAAAACUGAGACCCUGACAAGACUCAUCAGUGCUAGCCCUGAUGAAAGCACUACUGUAAAUGGCCUUCUGCUUAGAGCAAUAAAUGUGGAUCUCCAGACUGAUGCUGCUCUGCAAGUGGAUAUCUCAGAUGCACUUAGUGAGAGAGACAAAGUGAAAUUCACUGUCCAUACAAAGAGUUCCUUACCAAAUUUCAAACAAAAUGAAUUUUCUGUUGUCCGACAACAUGAAGAGUUUAUUUGGCUUCAUGAUUCCUUUGUUGAGAACGAGGACUAUGCUGGUUAUAUUAUUCCACCAGCACCACCCAGGCCUGACUUUGAUGCCUCAAGGGAGAAAUUGCAGAAACUUGGAGAAGGGGAAGGAUCAAUGACUAAAGAAGAAUUCACCAAGAUGAAACAAGAACUGGAGGCUGAGUAUUUGGCAAUAUUCAAGAAGACAGUUGCAAUGCAUGAAGUGUUUUUGUGUCGCGUGGCAGCACAUCCUAUUUUGAGAAAGGAUUUAAAUUUCCAUGUUUUCUUGGAAUACAAUCAGGAUCUGAGUGUUCGUGGGAAGAAUAAGAAAGAGAAACUUGAAGACUUCUUUAAAAAUAUGGUUAAAUCAGCAGAUGGUGUCAUUGUUUCAGGAGUAAAGGAUGUUGAUGACUUCUUUGAACAUGAAAGAACAUUCCUUGUAGAAUAUCACAACCGAGUCAAAGAUGCCUCUGCCAAAUCUGAUAAAAUGACAAGAUCACAUAAAAAUGUGGCGGAUGAUUAUAAUAGAAUUGGUUCUUCAUUAUAUGCAUUGGGAACACAGGACUCCACAGAUAUAUGCAAGUUUUUUCUGAAGGUAUCAGAGUUAUUUGACAAAACACGGAAAAUAGAGGCCCGGGUAUCAGCUGAUGAAGAUCUUAAACUUUCUGAUCUUCUGAAAUAUUACCUAAGGGAAUCUCAAGCUGCUAAGGAUCUCCUCUAUAGAAGAUCUAGGUCACUAGUGGAUUAUGAAAAUGCUAAUAAGGCAUUGGAUAAAGCAAGAGCAAAAAAUAAAGAUGUGCUGCAAGCUGAAACUACUCAGCAAAUAUGCUGUCAGAAAUUUGAGAAAAUUUCUGAAUCGGCAAAGCAAGAACUGAUAGACUUUAAGACAAGAAGAGUUGCAGCAUUCAGAAAAAAUCUGGUGGAACUAGCAGAACUGGAAUUAAAGCAUGCUAAGGGUAACUUACAGUUGCUGCAGAGCUGCCUGGCAGUGUUAAAUGGUGACACAUAAGCUACGUUCCGUCCUCCCACUAACAAGGGCUGCCCUCCUGGAUUUUGUUUUCAUGACUUUAAAUAAGCAUUUACAGUUCCCUGGAGAAAACAUUUGAUGAAGUGCACAUAAGCAAGCUCUUUCUUUCAAAAGAAUUAAAACAAACACCUGAAAGUAGCUCCAGACUAUAUGAAGCAACAGCAUACUUGUUAUACGUACAUAUUCAUGUUUAUUUAAUCAUUAUAUGCUUUCAUUGUUCAGAAACCAAAUGCUCUGUUUUUGUGAAAAUAGCCAAUAUAAUUAUGUUCAUGUUAUGAAUACUAUGAUACGGCUGCCAAACUUCUUUACCUUUGUAAGUAAUUUCUGAAGUUCACCAUUUGAAGCACAUUGUUCAAAUGGCCUAAAUAUUACCAUUAGAUAUUUGAAUAUUGUUACUAUAAUGGCAUUGUAUACACUGUCUUAGUUUUUUUUCCAUGUACUGAUAUCAAGAAACUUAAUCUUUUUUUCAAUUGUGAACAUUUCUUAGGAAUUUUUGGGAACUUUGUGUAACCUUUAUAACUAUGAUUUAAAAAGAAAAGCAAAUGCAUUAGUAUGUUUGCCUUAACUUGUAGACUAAUCCAAUUAUUGUAAAAUAAACCAUGAAUCAAUGAUUUUUCUAAAAUUAUGCAGAGACUGUAUCAUCUGUAAGCUUCAUAUUUUCUAGUAAAUCAGAUUAAUUAGCUUUUUCUCUGUUCAUCCUGUAAAACAUUGAGUAAUUAUUGGAUUGGUCUGACACUAAGUACUAGCCUAGUAAUUUUUCACUUGCAUUCUCAGGUUUAUCUGUUUGCCUACCUGUUUGUCUGUGACUUUCCUAUCCAGUGUACUUAAACUGUUUUGAGCUUGGUGGCUGACUCUGAAGUUUCUUUGGCAGAAAAGCUUUUCAGAGAAUUUAAUGGGUUUCUUUCCAGAAAGGGGAAAUAAAGUAGCACAAGAGAGUUCAGAAAGUGUGUAUCAGUGAAAGGUAAUACUGCCCCAUUUUGAUACAGAUAAGAAGCUUUGCUUCAGAAAAUAAAAAGUGAAGGUAUCCCCAAUAAAGGAACACCUGAAAA